CGACCCCUAGGCCUGGAAACUUCCAUGUACCCCAGAUGUGGCCCUUAAAAAAAAAAAUUUACUUUUGCUUUUUGUAGUUUCAUGCCAAAGGAUUGGAAUUUAGUUAUGAAGAUCUAAUCUCUUUGACCUGAAACAAUGCUGGCUAUGUGUUUGGUACUGUAAAGGACAUGGAGGUCAAAUAGUGAGAUCCCUUAUCGCACAGGAAGGUAUACUCAGUUUCUUGUAAUAACCUGCAAAGGAAAAGCAUAUAUAUAUAUAUAUACAUCCCAAUCACUUUGCUGUAGACUUGAAACUAAAUACACAGCAUGGCAAAAUGAUGAGACCCUUGCUUUUAGGGAGCCUUCUAGUCUAGUAUCGUACGUAUUCAAAGGUGGUCCAGGGCCCUACCUGGGUGCUUUCAGGAAUUUGGAAUUUCAGGCCCCAUUCCAGACUUAAAUCAGAUUCAGCGUUUUAAUAAGAUUUUCUAUGAUUUAUAUGCACGACAAAGUUUGUGAAGAACUGGUUGAAUAGGAAGAAAAAAUACUAAUAGUUACAGGGAUCUGGAGAGGCCAUAGGAGAGGCGUGAAGUACAAAGGAGAUCAUGGUUAACACUUUUUUUUUUAAAUUUGGUACUUGUUUUCAAUUUCAGAGUAAGUUCAUCCUUGGUCUUCUUCUAUCAGAAGACUUUCAAAGUCAGUGUUCAGUUUUAGAGGAGUGUCUCGUGAAUGUCUCGGAUGGGGACAUUGUCUUGGUUAAGGUUGGGGCGAAGUUGGCAUUCUUGGCUAUGGACUGCUCGCCAAGCCCCUAAUAGUCCAUAGUGCAUGUCAGUGACAGUAUCCGUCGGUGACAGCUCCUGGCCAGGGACAGCUCUUGCUCUCUUGCAGUGGGCCACACCCCAGGGGGUUGAGAGCCGUAAUGUGCUGCCAUAUUGCUCCUGUUUCAAGUGAUCCCAUGGGACCAGUGCGGCUAAGCCUUAGUGUCAGAGCUGCUCAGGAGUCCUUUACUGCACGAAGACAUUGAAAAACGGGAUUUAGGCUUGUGAUGAUCCGAAAGUACAAAUGUUUACGUUGCAUCUUUCCAUUUGAGGGAAACACUAUUCAUUCCUUCGAAAGGGACCUAUUCUGACUUUUAAAGCUGGAGCUUAUGAAAAGCAGUGCUUUGCUUUCUAUUAAAUAUUGAAGCAGUAGUAGGAUGGGGGGGGAACCCUGAAAACAGGCUGUCUCUGAAUGGUUAACUGGCAGUGUGUCAUCUUCUAGGACUUCCUUCUUGAGUAACUCAGUUGCUUAAUUCUUUACGGGGUGGGAGGUGGACGAGGAAGGAGGAGCUAGUGCACUCUGGGCUUGGUUGGCUGUAGCCCUGGGGGCAAUAUGGGUUUUUUUGUUGUUGUGAAUUAUAAAUGUCUGGCUCAAACUGUUUACUUCUAGAUGUUGAGAUAAGCUUUCAUUAUUAGUGUGUACAAAUUACCUCAUAGAAAGUUUGCAUUUAAAUCUACUUUUCAAUUAUUUAUGAGAGAUGACAGUUGGAAAAACUGCACCCUGUCUUAGAAGCUGAAGGUCCCUGUGGGUCGCCUGGGUGACUCACAGGGUAAUCUGAUCGGGUACAUACUUCACUGCUCCUAACAGGUUGGGGCUGCUUCAGAACAUGACACAUUUCAGGGUGACUCUUUUCACUGCAGCGUAUAUUUUUUCUUGUAACCUCUGUCUCUGUUCAGAAGCCUUCUGCUUGUGUGCCCCACUCCCAGCCAAGCCACCAAUCCCACCAGCUCUAAUCAUACAGCACUGUUCUCCACUGGUUUCUGAUGUCACGGCUCUGCCGCUCCUAUUUUUCCUUCCAGGUUUGAAGGGGAGGGUCAGGGCAGAAAAGGUACAUGUGGAAAUUAAAAGCCAUAGUGCUCCUUUGUGGCCUUUGAGGCCAAAAAACUGAUGGCACUUGAAAUUAGUUCCCAGUCUUGGCUGGCAUUUUACACAGAUGGCAAGGGGAGCAAUUACACGCCUGAGUGGGUGGAGAGGUUUGUCUAAUCCUAAAUCCUGUCAUGUUUAACAAUUUUUAUUAAGUCAAAAACUUCCAUGUGAGCUAAACUCCUCUUAAUGGCUGUCAGCAUAUCUCGAAACAUGAAAUAUUGUGUCUUUUGGCAAGGAAUUUCCAAACAUGUUCAAUCUAUCCCUUUGACUCUUGGUAGGAAUAAAAAUCUUUCCAAACCAAUGGGUAUUCGACUUAAGGAAUUCUCAAAGAAAAUGAUUCUGCAACUUCCCUUAGGACGUUCUUCUGGUGCCUCCCAGUUUUUAUAGUUAACUUUUCUUUAAUAUAUUACUUCAAUCAUUCCUGAAAUAGAGUACUUUCUUGUCCAUUUGUCGGUAGCAUUGGGUAAAUUUCUCAUCAGGCUGAAGUGCUAAGAUCUUAAUGGAGAAGAGGCAAUAAAUCACAACCUGGUAUAGGUCCACCUGGGAGUCGUUAUCCAUCUCGAAAGUAAAAGGACAGGGGUGCUGGCCGGGAGUCAGCCGUGACAAAGCCCUUCUACUAAAGCUGCGUGUUUCAUUCUGUGAGCACUCGAGUCCCAUGAAACGUCUAAUGUAAGCAAGAUUAUUUAUCAAAUUUUCUGAUGCCUGAAGCUCAGCAGGGGCAAAAUGGUAGGAAGGGAACAGUUAUUGGCACAUGUGAAGAUGACAGGCUUUCACUUUGACAGCCUGACAGUGAAGGGGGGCGAUGGGAAAACCCUGCACAGUAAGGAAUAUAGAUAAAAUCUGUUCUGCGUGUCUGCUGAAAAGGUCUGGGAAGAGUGUAUUCUAUUGUAGAUUUUCUUGGAAAAAGCGGUUAGAGUAAGAUGUAUUAUUACAUUGAAGAUUAUGGCUGAAGCUAUUUGAAGAAACAGGUUAUGCUUUCAAACUUGUAUGCUUUUCAUUGGAGGGUUAAUUGUGAAAAUUAGCAGUCGUGUAUGUGACGUGCAUGGCAUAAAGUAGCCGUGAUGCCAAUGCUAGAGGCAGGGGUUUAGAUGUGAAUGGCUCUUGUUCAUCAUAGUUGUUUAAUAAAUAGAGUUUGAAUGAGUGUAAUAGCAUUUUAAGCAGUUCACUUGGGUUUUCCUAAGCUAAUUGGAGUACCUACCUAACAUGGAUAGUUAAAAUAUAAAUAUUUCCUCCAAAGCUGAUUUAAGCCCUUAUAUUUUAUCUUGGUCACAGGGGAACUCUGAUCCAGUUGUGAAAGUAGUUACUUUAUUUGACCUUCUUUUACGUAAGUGAAGAUAUUAAUAAUAAAGGCCCAAUAUAAUAACAGAAACACAGAAUAGCUAAGUAGAUGAAGAAUUGGUUAUAUGCAAACAUAGCCAUGGGUCUUGUGAAUAAUGGGAAACCCAUUAAGUUUCUCGGAAGUCCAGCCUAAGUGUGUACCGACGGUGGGAGAGUCAUGAAUCUGCUCCCCGAGUGGACCCAUUUUCCUUCUUGGUGGCUUGGCAGUGAGUGGUCCUCUAGCUCCUCCCAUCGGCUCUUUCCCAGACAUGUGUAGGAAGAGGAGGGAUUGGAGGGAAACAGACCAGUUACUAUUAACACCAGUUCAUCUCUGCUCUUGUAUGUGUCCGGGUGCACAGUCUGAGGAAGCGGGGCCGGGAAGAACCUUCCACAGCACUUCCUGAAUAUAAAGAACGCACAAGGUUUAUUUUGGGGCUUAGAUAUUUCUAAAUGAAAACUGUAACUUUGAUUCAGAAAGAACUGUAAUUUUGAUGUAGGAGGUGGACAUCACUGGGGAGACCACUCUGUACCUUGUUUGGGGUCUCUGGAUCCUUAGGGAAUGCAUAACCUGGAUGUCAGGGGCGAAUCUCUGAAAUGCUAAGCAGCAUUUGGGAUUUUUUUUUUUUUUGGCACUGUUUUUUUAAACUUUUAUAUUUUGAGUUUCUCAAAGUGUCUUUAACUCAGAAAGAAUAUUGGAUAUUUGAACUUCGAUAUCAGCCUCUGGUGCUAUAUGUAAUUAUAUCAUUUUGGCCCUUACUGUGAUCAGAGAAGAGGUAUCACUCCUCUGUGUGACAGUGGGGGUCACAUUUGUUCCCUGGACCCAAAUUUCUCCCAUGUUCCCUGGACCCAAAUUUCUCCUGUGAUAAAUCGAGGGGUUUAAACUGUAUGAUCUCUUGAGGUCACUUUGAGCUUUGACACAGGCCCUUGUUUUUGCAACCUGGACUCUUUUGGAGCUUUGCCCUUUAGUCCUCAUGCCUGUUCUCUGUGGUUUCCAUGGUAGUAUGAGCUGUCCAUCCAAGGAACACUUGGCAGCUGCUCUGUUUUUCUUCUGUAAAUGCUGCAGUCCUGGUGAGCGUGUAGAGCCCUUUUCUUACAAUCUCAGUGAAUUGCAGUCGAUGUCUGCUGCAAAAUCCUGCUCUUAUAGUUUUUAAUCAAAGUUUAAUUUCUAUUGCAGUUUGUUGCCUGUAAUAUAUUUGCUCAAUGCCGAGUACAGGAGAGUGAGAUGGACCCAGUUCUCUCCUUGUUGCAUAUUAGCCUCACUCUUAGUGACACUUUGGGGAGAAGAUACUGACCCAAGUCUCUAUGAUGGAAAGUUGCAGAAACUUUUAACACCCCCAGGACCAUGGAAUUAUGUCGGCCUUCGAUGAAAUGCACCCAGAUGCAUUCCAGCAUGUGGCUCUAGUUAUCUUGCAUGCCUUGAUUAAGGGUUUACAAAGGGCUAGAGCCUGCAGCUAAUUGUCAUUAGCAUAGCUCUCUGAUUAUGGUUCUCUGUGAUAGGCUAGUCAUUCAAAGCUAGGGAGGAAUGACCCCACCCCCCAGGGGAGGGGGCUGCUGGUGGGGAGGGGUGGGGAGGCAGAAGCAACUCCCCAGCCCCCUGCUCUGGCUGCUGGUAGAAGACGGGCGGUGGAAAGGCAAUGACAGGUGUAAAAACGGCUGCCUUUCACCUUCGCUGGCCGUGACGUAAUAGCUGAGUCAGUUAGAUUCUCUUUGGAAAUACAUUUGUUUAGGUGAUGAUGUUCCUGAGCCCGCCUAGGAAUCUUGGCUGUGCUUCUAAUCUUUGAAAACUCCUUGUCAAGAUCUCACUUUCAGAAGUGUGAUCUGAUGAUAAUUAAUCAAGCUUUGGGUUGUUCUUUCUUACAUUUCCAGAAGUCUGGAUUCUGCACAGACCUGCAUUUCCGUAGCUUUGCUGGAGUUAGGAAGUUUGAGCUGCCUCUGAAGUGUUGACUGCGGGGAGGCGGGGUUUUCCGUCUCCAAUGAGGUGGCUUCAGUGUCGGGAAAGCCUAUCAUCUUUCACAGGAGCGCUUGCUCUGUAAUCCAAGCGAUAGCCACGCAGCAUGUUUUAUUGUUUGUGGAGUCCUGUGGCUCCUGAGCCAGGCACAGACGGGGAAAAAGGACAAGUGGGCGGUUUAUGAUUCUGCGCUGAGCUGGGACAAGUGAGUCCCACUCUUUGAUUUCUUGCAAGUCACCUGUGUGGGUGAACUUUAAACCAGGCGCCUAGGUUGAAGCUGAAUCUUUUUCUCCAGGCUGACGAGUUCCUUCUGUCUGCAGCAGACGGCUGGCUUGCUGCCCUUGUGGGGAAAGAUGCCUGGGACAGGAGUAGGAUUGCAGUGCGGGAUGCUAGGGACUCACCAAAGGGUUGGAGUGCCUUGGUCCUGUUCUUCGCCAAGCCCUGACAAGUGUUCCUGAAAUGAGCACCCUGCUUCCUUUUUAAACUUAUACUUUGAGUUAUUUUAUUUUAUUUUUGGAGGGAACUGUGGAUAUUCUUGAUCUCAAAACCAAGUACCACAAUGUGGCUAGGGUAAAAAAAAAAAUUUUUUUUUUUUGUUUCUUAACCUCUCAUUUUCCUCUUCUUUAUAACUGAGUGACAUAGAAGGAAUCUUCUUGCAGAAUGCUCUCCCUGACUCUCAAUGUUGUCUGAAUAGUGGGAAGGAGCAGGUUCACUGAGAGGGCCUGGAACAAUUUGAAAAAAUCGAGCUUUUUGUGCACUGGACUGUCCUUUGUCUAUAGCGGAUUUUGAUGUGAAAGAAGAUGAAAAAGGAAGGCUCUUCAGGUUCCUUCAGACUCAAGUCAAAUCCAGGUUCCCUCUCACGUGCUGUGAGUUGGAUCAGUUUCUCCUCCUUGUCCAGGCAGACAAAGAGGCUGUUCCGCAGUGAUGGGGAGCUCUCGGCUUGCAGGCAGCAGGUGGAGGCAGAUGAUGACAACUGGACCUACAGAACCCAGCCCAGAAAAGCUGUUUCCAACCUAGAUGAGGAGAGCCGAUGGACGGUCCACUACACUGCCCCCUGGCACCAGCAGGAGAAUGUAUUCCUUCCCACCACGAGACCCCCUUGCGUAGAGGACCUGCACCGCCAAGCCAAGCUCAACCUCAAAUCAGUUUUGCGGGAAUGUGACAAGUUGCGGCGUGAUGGCUACCGGAGUUCUCAGUACUACUCCCAGGGACCCACCUUCGCAGCCAACUCUGGUCCACUCUGUGAUGACUAUCAAGAUGAGGAUGAAGAAACAGAUCAAAAGUGUUCUAUCUCUUCGUUGGAAGAGGAAAGACUUAUAUCCACCAGGAGACCUAAAACGCCAACCUCAAGUGACUUCUCUGACCUUAACACUCAAACCAACUGGACCAAGUCACUUCCCUUGCCAACACCGGAAGAGAAGAUGCGACAGCAGGCCCAAACCGUCCAGGCUGAUGUGGUUCCUAUUAACAUAACUGGGGAGAAUUUCGAUCGCCAGGCCAGCCUCCGGCGGUCUCUAAUUUACACAGACACUCUGGUAAGACGACCGAAGAAAGUCAAAAGGAGAAAGACUAUUACAGGCGUCCCUGACAGCAUACAGAAGGAGCUAGCUUCGGGAGGCACUGGCCAAGAUGAUAUUGGUGGCCACUCAGUGUACACCCCAGACCACUGCUCUACGCUCGGAAGGUCUGCUGGGCAGCGCUCAGAAACCAGGGAUUCUAGCUGCCAGACGGAUGACAUCAAAGUCGUACCACCUUCGAUGAGAAGAAUCAGGGCGCAGAAGGGGCAGGGCAUCGCCGCCCAGAUGAGCCACUUCUCCGGCUCCUCUGGGAACAUGUCGGUGCUGAGCGACUCUGCGGGCAUCGUGUUCCCUUCUCGCCUCAACAGUGAUACAGGUUUCCACAGUCUUCCCCGCUCGGGAGUGAGGGCAAGCCUUCAGCGCCUGGAGCCACAGCUGGGCGCCCUGGGUCCGGCAGAGGACACCGACAGCACGUUCCCCUACCAGCGGGGUCACCCGCAAGUACACGAUGACUUAGGACAUUCAGGAGGUCCCUCAAGGACUGGAACCCCACUGAGGCCCAAGUCCCAGGAACUGAGGCACUUUGAGGGUGAAACUGUCAUGAGCCCGGCGUGUGUGGUUUCUCCUCACUCGACCUACUCCACCAGCAUCAUCCCAAAUGCCACGCUCUCCUCCUCUUCGGAGAUCAUUGUGAUUCACACUGCUCAGAGCUCAGGGCAGCUGGACCAUAAGAUUAGCAGCACCUCCUCCUACACAAAGAUCAAAUCCAGAGACCACCUCCUCUCCAGGCAUAAAGACGGCCAUCCUUCUCCCAGUGGCAACUGGAAUGAGGGGCACUCCAACGUUGUUUCACAGGCCUCAGAUCCCCAUUCCUCCAGUGCAGCCACGCUGCUGUCCCUCUGUGAUUCUGCAGUCACUCUAAAUUCACCAGCAAAUCGGGAGAAUGGGUCCCAGGCCCUGGCCUAUAAUUGCAGAACCGACCUGAGUUUCCCCAAGCACCCCCAGGAUGAGGACGGCAAGAGUGAGUCCAGUUAUUCUGGCGGCGGGGGGCGCGGUGCAGAGCUCUGGGAAUCCACUGCCUCGGGUAAUGGGCGUGCCUCCCCGCUGAAGCCACAUUUGGCAACGCCUGGUUGCUCCACUCCUGUGAGUAACCUGAGCAGCUGCAGUUUGGACCAGACGUCUAACAGAGAUGAUGCCAGGUCUGUGUAUUCAGAGGACCACGACGGCUACUACUCCCCGCUGCACACCGACUCUGCACACGGGUCUGGGAAUCUGUGCAAUAGCAGCGAUGGCUUCGGGAACCCCAGGCACAGUGUGGUCAAUGUUUUUGAUGGAAGAGCACAGAAGAACCAAGCGGACCGGUCAAACGGCCAAGACAAGACCCUUUCGCGAAACAUCUCUUUGAAGAAAGCGAAGAAGCCCCCCCUCCCACCCUCUCGGACGGACUCUCUGCGCAGGGUACCCAAGAAAAGUGUCCAGUCCAACGGGCAGGUGCUAAACGAGAGCCUGAUCGCCUCCCUCCAGCAUUCGCUGCAGCUGAACCUCCCGGGCAAGGGCGGCAGCUCGCCCUCCCAGAGCCCCUGUAGUGACUUCGAAGAGCCCUGGUUGCCUCGGUCCCGCAGCCAGAGCACAGUGAGCGCGGGCAGCAGCCUGACCUCGGCCACCACCCCCAAUGUCUACUCCCUGUGCGGGGUGACGCCGGCCCAGAGCGACACGAGCAGCGUCAAGUCCGAGUACACAGACCCGUGGGGUUACUACAUUGACUACACGGGCGUGCAGGAAGACCCGGGGAACCGAGGCGGGAGCGGGGCGGGGUCAGCCAGUACCCCGGUGGCACCCGGAAAUGGGCCAGGCCGCCAUCCCCCAGAGGGGUCCAGGAUCGCUGUACCCCCAGUGCCCGGUGGCGCAGUCAAACCAAAGAUCACAUCGCCGGAGAAGUCGCACAGAGUCACGUCUCCAUCCAGUGGGUAUUCCAGCCAGUCGAACACACCCACAGCUCUCACCCCUGUGCCUGUGUUUUUAAAAUCAGUGUCACCAGCCAAUGGGAAGGGGAAGCCCAAGCCCAAGGUGCCAGAAAGGAAGUCCUCUCUGGUGUCUUCAGUAUCCAUCUCCUCCUCCUCCACGUCUCUUUCCUCGAAUACUUCCACGGAAGGGAGUGGAACUCUGAAGAAGCUGGAUUCGGUGCUGGCAUCUCCCCUGGCUGCUGCUCCUCUCCCCUCUCUUUCAUCCGACAGGUCUCCUUUCCUCCCUCCCCCUCCUCCUUUAGCCGAUUCCUCCCAGGGCUCCCCUCUGCCUCGCUCUCCCCUCUUCCCCCCUCCACCACCCGAAGUUCUCACUCCCUUCUGCCCCCCCACCGACGCCUGCUUUCCUCCGCCCCCCGCAGCACUCAGUCCCCUUCUUCUGGAUUCAUCUCCUCUGCCACCUCCUCCACCUGCCUUACCCUCCUCGCUGCCCCCGCCAGCCCCACCCCUUGACCCCAAAUUGAUGAAAGAUGCCAAGCCUUCUUUCAAAAGGUCUGGCCAGCCAGAGCCCUCCCGGGAGGUCUGCCGAUUGCCUUCCACCAAGGAGGAGGGCAAUAGACCCCCCAUGCCCCUGAUCACCACGGAAGCAUUGCAGAUGGUGCAGUUGAGGCCAGUGAAGAAGAACUCAGGAACCGAGGUAGCACUGAUACAUGAACGCGCAUCUCAGGAAAAACGAACUCUGGUUGUUCCCCAGUAUCGUUUAAAGCCAUCUGCUUUCCUGAAAUCCCGAAAUAGCAUAAAUGAAAUGGAGAGUGAAAGUCAGCCUGCCUCUGCUACUAGCUCGCUCUCGACUCCUGCCAAGAGCUCGACUCAGGGUCACCAGGACAGUGUAGCCGAGCGUGGCCUCCCGAGCCACAGCCCGGACCGCGCUGGGGAGGCAGAGGCAGAGGCCGGGACCACCCCGCCCCACGAACCCCCCGGUCCAUCGCCCAGCAGGAAGCCGCCCCCCAUUUCCAAGAAGCCCAAACUGUUCCUCGUGGUGCCACCUCCGCAGAGAGAUUUCACGGCGGAGCCUGCAGAGAAUAAGAGCGAAGCAUUGCCCAGCCCCACGAGAGAAGAGGCACGAGAGAGUUGUAUAGCCGAGGCUGGUUCCGAUGAUACCAACUCUGGCAGCUCGGUUCUUGCAGGAGGAGCUACAGGAUCCAAGUCCGCCGACGGAGUGGAAUCCAAUGUCCCCAUGGUACAGCCCGAUGCCUCACCAGCCCUUGCGCAGGAGGAGCCAGGCACAGGGGACACCGUGGAGAGCUGUUCCUCCCUGCAGGACCCAAGACCUGGGGUGCCGGAGGCUGACACAGCCAGCCCUUCGCCAGAGGCCUCUGACUUCCUUAAGGAAGACGGGAGUGAUGAGGUGAUGAUCCCCAGUAGACCCCGGACCACGGAAGACCUUUUUGCAGCUAUUCACAGGUCUAAGAGGAAAGUCCUUGGCCGCAAAGACUCAGAUGAUGAUCACUCCCGAAACCAUUCUCCCUCCCCGCCAGUGACACCCACUGGCGCUGCCCCCAGCCUGGCCUCCCAGAAACAAGUGGGAUCGAUUCAGAGGAGCGUCCGGAAGAGCAGCACCAGCAGUGACAACUUCAAAGCUCUUCUGCUGAAAAAGGGGAGCCGGACAGACACCAGCGCCCGCAUGUCCGCGGCGGAGAUGCUCAAGAACACAGAUCCUAGAUUCCAGAGGUCAAGGUCCGAGCCUUCACCAGACACCCCCGAGAGCCCGUCAAGCUGCUCCCCGAACAAGAACCGAAGGGCCCCGGAGGAGUGGGCCAAGAACGAAGGCUUGAUGCCUCGGAGUCUGUCCUUUUCUGGCCCCAGGUACGGCCGCAGUCGAACGCCGCCCUCCGCCGCCAGCAGCAGGUACAGCGUGCGGAACCGGAUCCAGAGCAGCCCCAUGACCGUCAUCUCAGAGGGCGAAGGGGAAGCCACAGAGUCUGUAGACAGCAGGGCUCUCCGGGCCCCGGGCACCACGAGGGAAUGUUCGCUGGAUGGACUGGCCGGGGACGACGUGGAUGAGCACAGCCUGCUCUGUGCUGGGGCGCCGGCUCCGGGUCCCGCGGAAGGGCCGGCCGGUGCCGAGGGCGGGGAUCCAUCAGAACAGCAUGGUGGGCCUCUGAGGGGAGAGAGUUAAGGGCAAGAAGAGGAAUCGCCCAGGUGAUGUGGGCAGAUGGGCAGCACAUCGCUCUAGGAAGCCUGACAGGCCCCCCUCCCCGCCUCGUCCGUGGGUCUAGCUCAGCGUCUGUGCCAGGGCCCAGGCACUGCCAGCCCUGCAGCGCAAAGAGAGGGCUUGGCACUUGUCCUGUGGCUUAAAAGCAAGUAGAAGCUUAACUUCUGAAAGUGCUUCCUGGGGAAGAUUUUUUUUUUUUUUCCCUAAAUGCUGGGUGUGUGUGGAGGGAUGUGUGUGUGUGUGUGUGUGUGUGUGUGUGUGCAUUUGAAACAGUUUAUGUUAAAAAAAAAAUACACAAGCAGCAUGUACAGAAAUAGGAGAGACAGCGUUAAGCUAAGUGGAGUAUGGGGGUCUUCUGGACUAGAUGGUCGUUGCUUUAAAAGUAUUAUGUUCAUGGAAACGAGUGAGUUCCAGAAGAAGAGAGAGAACCUUUAUUUCUAAGAAAGAGGUGGUAAUUUGCUGGUUCUGAGCGUGCAGAACACGUGGGGAUGUGCACUGGUGUGCUUUCCAGGGCAGUCCCCACCCCCUACCCCUUACCCCUACCCCCUUGGUUAAUCCGCAGAGCUGGGAAAGGGCUAAGUGACUAACUGGUUCAGGUACUUUUUUUUCUGGGGAAAAAAGGCUUUGUUUCUUUUUUGUAAAAAUGACAGGCACGUGGAAGUGGCAACGCUGUAACUGGGAGUCUGCUGCUAUGCAGCCACAGACACACAACUUUUAGCCUGAUUUGUAGAAACGUGGGUAAUUUUUUAAUGACUUUCCUCCUUGAGAAGCAGCUGAGACCUCCUUGGAAAGCGGAAGUGAUGGCGCACAGACAGAGAGGGUAACAGGCGAGAGCCAGGAAGAGGAGUAAGUGAUACACUGCUGGGGUUUGUUUCCUGCUUAGUAAAUACAACUAUUUUUCAGAAUUAAAUUUUUAAACUUGCACUACAGAACUGUGGGUGGAGCCUUUCCUUUUACAACUGUUUUUGUUUGUUUGUUUGUUUUGUUUUUUUUUAAACCAGAGUUUAAACUUCCACUUGGCAAUUUCUUAUCACUUGAAAUGUCAACAUUUGCUAACUUUCAGAUAUCCUUUUGGUUACACCAAAGAAAAUUUUACGACUAUUUUUCCUUGAACUGCCUGCAGUAUCAUGUCCUCAUUUAGAAAGGUUUAUGAAAAUCUAUUAUAUAUUAUCUUACUUUGAAGAAAGUGCUGAAUAGCUCUUAAUAGUCAAAUAAACUGAUACAAAUUGGCAGGGCUGGCUAUUAAUUAGCCCUGGGAAAUGAGUUUUUAGAUUAAAAAGUUUUUUUGCAUCAUUUGGUUUGUGUGUUUUUAUAUUUUUUUAUAAAGAAUUGAGUUGGCUAAUUACCUUCUAAUCUUCUCCAGUUAGAAUUUUAACACUUUAGACAUGGAAGAAAAGUGUGUAAAGUAUUUAUUUUUUAUGUGAUAUUCUUACGACCCUCAUCCUCCAGUUCCUCCCAGCUGUACAUAGACUCCUUUAUUUGUUGGUUAAAUAAAAUCAGAGCCUUGUCUUAUCAGAAGAACCUCAGAUGAAAAUGCUGAGCUUACUGGCCUAAAUAUAA